AUGCACUCCAAGCCACUUUUACUUUUCGCAUUAGCUGCAACUGCCAGUGCUUUGUCACUCCCCCUUGGAAAGCGCGAUACAAGCUGUCUCGAUGCUGUUAGUGCCGAUAUUUCUGCCGGCCUUGAUAUCUGUUCCGAAUACUUCUCAAAGGCGAGAAUUCAAUUUACUUCUACUGUGACAAUCGAAACUGAAGCUGUAGCUUCAACUCCGACUGUUUAUGUAUCUACAACGACUGUCCAAACAUGGCCAAAUGGACCGAGAUCACCCAUAGUAACAACCACUGUGACCGUUUCAUCCACUGUCGCACCUACCUUGGAUCUUACCACUGCGUAUACAGCAUCUGCAGCUAAGGUUCCUGCACAAUAUAUCUCAUACUGUGUUGAUACAACCGAUGUCUGGGGCUUCUCUUCACGCUUUACCGACGCAUGUCACGGCCUCACAGGCUUUGUUGUUCCUACUACAGCCGCCACUGUUACCUACAUAAUGACUACGGUUCAUCCUACCCCAGUCACAUCCACGUACACGAAGAUCGUAGGUGGAGGCCAAGUACUUGCGACCAUAACUUAUACCCACACCGAAACGCAAAGGAUCACCAACAAUGCCCUGCCAACCCAGACCGUUAUCUGGAACUCGCUCAAAGUCAAAGGCAACGGCAACGUCCAGGGCCACCGGUUCUGGGGCAAGCGUGCCGCCCCCGUCGAUAGCGUUACAGACAACUACUCGGGUCUGGGCUUGGUCGCUGAAAACGACGCCGAAACCUUCAACGUAGUUUUGGACGGACCAUCAGACGUCCUAGGAACAUUGAAAAUCGGCAAAACCGAAAUGGUGGCAGAGCUCGAUGACCCCCUAGCCUCCCACGAGAUUGGUUUCAUGAGAUUCGGUACAACAGAAGCAUAUGGUCUCAUCGACGGUAUGUAUCAGGCGCAGCGGUCGACAAAGAUAAUCAAGACCCCAGUCAGGUGUGGUGUCAGACCAGUUUACGACGAGGAGCAGACCUAUCUUAUCUGCGGCUGCAAAAUGAACUGUGUGGUCGGUGUAGACCCCUUAUGUUAUAGCAACGUCGGGUGUGUCGCUACCGCCGGCAAUGGCCUCGACGCCCACAGCCGCAGGACCAUGCUGUAUAACGGGGAGCUUAAUGCUAUCAUAAUGGCAACCUCGAAUAACUGCGGUUUCCUUUCAUGUAGCCAGGAAUACCCCUUAGUCCAUGCAGACACCGAUUAA